AUGCCAAUGAAUUUUAAAGGAUUUAACAACAACCUUGGAGCUUUGGUGGAAUAUAAGGGAAGGGCAGCUUUGGCCAUGGAGGACUGGACUAUCAUCGCCUCAUUCGAUUUAAGGGAACAUCUUGAGGCCAUCAAAUGGCUUGAGAUGCGCAAGGAAUACGCCGGUCCCAAUGAAGUUUUGCCUGAUUUGGAUAAGUUCAUGGAUGCCACUCUUCGAAAUGGUGUCAUACAAAACAUGGACACUUUGGACAUACCACUGUCUCCUUCCCCAAAGGAAAUCGCUAAUCUGUACCAGAAUAAUACUUCGGUGCUCAACAGCACAGUCAAUAUACUACACGGUUCGAGCUUGCAGUCUAUAGUGGACAAGCUCCAAAUGGGCAUCGACUGGGUCAAGAAUAAUAAAGGUUCAACUGAAGUCCCGGAAGAAAUGGCUAUUGAGUUUAGUUUUCUGGCGGAUCACAUCAGACUCUCAGAGGCCGCCAUACAGGAAGCAUUAGUGUCCGCUUAUCAAGGGCAACUAAGUCCCCGGAUUCUAACCAUUAAGCAAUUGGAAAAGGAAAUCCUCAAUAUUCAGGCCCAUCUUCCGAGUCGCCGGCGACUUUUCUUUGAACGGUUUACGACUUCCGAUAUCUACCAAAAUGUGAAGAUUUCCACUCACCGAAUGGAAAACCACAUAGUGUUCAAAAUCUCGGUGCCCUUGGUGGAUGUGGAGCUUUUUAAUCUGUACCGCUUGACGCCCAUUCCGCGAGUUCUUGAAAAUGAAAAGAUCGAACUGGUGGACAUGGAAGUACCCUAUUUGGGGAUCAACGAUCACCUGGACAGGCAUUUCCCGCUCCAUGACUUGAGGGAUUGCACGGAAAUGAUGCCAGAAAAAUUCAUCUGUCGAACUCAAAUAACUUACGGAAAGGAUGAUGCCAGAGUUCCCUGUUCUCUAGCUGCCAUUCGGAAUGACACAACCGGCAGCUGCGAAACAAGGCAGAUGGAUGGGAGGUCACUUUGGACACCGCUUCUUGUAGCCAACUCAUGGAUGGUGGCUCUCACCCAGGAGCUAACACUGAUGGGUGUCUGUUCCGACGAUCGCCAAGAGCUAAAAAUAAAUGGAAGUGGAAUCCUUCACAUCCGGAUUCAACAGGAUAAACUAAACGAAAACGAAGGAGUUAAAAUAGCUAUAAUCGCAGUGUGUCCAUUGGUGGUGCUCGUCUUCCUGUUCAUUGCCUUGGCCUGGUUCUACAGCUCUUACCGCAAAAAGCUAAACAUACAACGACGAAUGGAAGACCCGCUUCGAGGAACCAAAAAUGAAACAAAAGCCACCAACCUUCCCCUUCUGGAGAAGGAAACUGAUCCCUAA